AUGGGGGUCGAUCAACAUGUGAUUGAGGUCUGUAGCAGGCUUCAUCCUUAUGCGUGGAAGAAUCUAGAUGAAAACGUGCUUCAUUUGCUUGAAAACACCCUCGUCUUGGGUCCUCACUGGUUUGGCUCCGUGCCGAAAGAAAUGGUUGAUCUGUUCAAGGAAGAUGCUGAGGCCCUUCUAUACCUUCAAAGUCCCGUGGCUCUGUCCUCUCAUACUUGGGUUAGCAAGAACUUGAGUCGUUCUUGUCCUUCAAGUGAAGUGAGGAACAGUGCAGUGAGGUGGUCAGAUUGGAUCGACAGACUUCUCCCAAGGCAUGGAGCUUAUUGGAAGAAGGCUGGAAUUUACGACGCGAUCUUGCUAUCCAAGAGUUCUGUUAAUAGGGACGAGAACCUGCUGGCUGCUGCCUUGUGUUUAUGGAACUUUGCCAGCAACACCUUCGACUUCCGCUUGGGUCCCAUGAGUCCAACCCUGCUGGAUCUUGCUCAAAUAUUUGGAUUCAGGCUCCAUGGGAGGCCUGUUGAUGCUGUUGGUGACUAUCACAGAGGAAAGAAUCGAAAGAGAUUGGCCAAACCCUUUACCAUUCUUGCUGCCACGAUCAACCAGAAUUGUUCCUUCUCCAACUUUUUAAAGAAGUUCAGCACUAAAAAGGACAAGGACCAGCAACACAUGUUAUUUCUGCUCUACUGGUUGAAUUGGUUCGUUUUCCCCAAUCGCUCCUCGGUAGUUCUGUUGGAAUACAAGCACCUCGCAGAGGCUUUCCACAAUCACGUUGACGUGGGACUUGGCCCCAUGUUCUAG